UCUAUGCAGCUGAUGACUGCAAUGAAUUCAGUAUGUUUAUAUUUUACAAAUGUUGUGUCUCGAAUUGGUGACUGUACCUGUGAUUGUGUGCAGUUGUAACAUGUGAAAUAGCAUGCUGCUGUAGCAGGACUACUUGAUAAGGGGAUUGUAAUCUGUUUUCUCCUAGGUAACCAGGCUUCUUUCAAAUGUUUUGUUGUACGUUGCUUUAUUGCACAUGUCGUUUUUUUUAAUUGAUUUAGUGGUGUCUUAAUUAGAUAAUUGCCCUGGUUAUUUAAAUUGUUCCUUUGUUUGCGAUGGGGAGAGGAAGUAGCAUUAAUAAGGCCUUACAGGGCAUGCGACAUUAAAGGAACACCGAUAUAGAACUGGAGUGCAUGAGAAUGAGUUAUGUAUGGAAUGUAGUGGAAAGGAAACAGUGGAGCAUCUGAGGGAUUGCAAUAUUUCCAAUAUUUUUUUUGAAAUGGUACAGGUGAUAGAAAAAUAGAAAAAGGUAUUAUUGGGUGUAUUGCAAAAUAUAUUAGGAAGACUCAAGAAUAUUUAACAUACAGAGAUUUUAAAAGGUUAAGUGUUCACAGCAGUUUUAAUAGCCAAAUCUGAACAGUAGGUGGUGACAAUAAGUUUUGCUAGAAACUUGGUGACCAUUAACAGAACAGAAGAAGAAACAGGAGAGAAGAAGGGACGGUAGGUGUGGGACUUGGUAUUCGGUGUGCCGCUAUAGAGGGGAGUGCUCGGAAGACGCAUUUUGUCGGUGUCCUGCGGUGUUAAAGCCAGUUAUUUCAGGGGUUUUUGAGUCCAGUAUCACUACAUUUAAUUACACUCAAUCCAGAGAGUACUGUCUGUCGCAGAAUGCAGCUUUAGCAACCUUAGAGCAGGUGACUAGUGCUCAGAACACCAGCUUCCAGACCUGCAGUGUCUUUUACAGAUGUAUACGUGGUCUAUCCUCCAUUUGGGAACAGUACCAUGACAUACAGUGAAGCUAUGCAACGGUGUUUAUCCCUUGGUGAUAGCUUGGCAUCAAAGAAACAACUGAGUAGUACAUCCACACCCAUCCCUGACGGCAUACCUGCGUGGAGCAAAGACAAGGACGUGGUUCAGUUCUCCAGUGGAAAGCUGACAGUUACUCCAUGUGUCAACAAACCCAGCCAGCUUGCUUUAGCCUACUGCUUCAACCCAAAUAUCACAGACUUUAUUCCAGUAAUCAAGGAUGACAAAUUGUGGCUCAAGAUUGCCAUAGUUUGCAUUAUCUCCUCUAUAUUUAUCAUCUUACUCAUGGCUGUCACCUUCAUGAAAGGGAAUAAGUGCAUCUGCUGUGUCAAACGUAAAAAGCCAGCGGAAGACUCUACCCUAGAGAGAGGCCAAGGCUUUGACACAGUCAGAGGACUGCAUCGUGAUAGGAUUCCAUCAUACCAGAUCAGUGGCGCAAGAACCAAGCCACCUGUAUUGAGUAAGGCCUUAAACACUGGCUACAUCUCUCAUUACUCUAACCAUGGCUUUGAAUCCACACCCGAGGCCAGUAAGCAGAACUUUGCCAAAACUUAUGUGGACCAUGACCGUUAUGAGUACAGCAAUGCUGCCUUUGAUAAUACUUAAGACAUCAAAUCUGACUUGACUCCGCGGUUAAGCAGUGAUGACUGACACAAAUCAGCGACCUCUGGAAUUGAAUGGACUUCCCCCCACUGUAUUUUUUUUUAAUGUGUUCUACAUAAAAAAAUAGUCAAAAUGAUUUUUUUUAGUUUGUUUUAGUAUUUCAAAAAAUUAUUUUAGUAUUUUAAACCCUCUUGAUUAAAUCUGAAAAAUGGUGCUGCUGUUCUUAUAGCAGCCAAGUAAUAAAUAACAAAAAAAUAUGAUUACUACAGACUUUGUGCAUUAAAUAAAUAAAUAAAUAAA